UUGCAAGUCUUUUCGUUUACUAGACGCAGUCUCUCUCUCCCUCUCUAAAUAGAAGUCUCCGUUGAUUCUCUCUUUCCAAAAUACACCAUUUUUCACGACGAAGAGCAUUCAUUACAUCGUCUAGUCUAAUAACCCUCUCCCUCUAUAUAUAUGUUGAUAUAUAUAUAGUAUGUAUUAAUUUAUGCAUAUAUCGGUGAAGGUUUCAGGGAUCUCACAACUCGUUGGUCGAUCACUUUGAAGAUCGUUUGUCGCAGAACCAUAACUUCAAUUUAUAGAUCUCUCUCGCUUCCAGGUGCUGCAAUUCAUGUUUUACUCUUUAUUCUGAAUGAUAAUCGUAUGAUGAUGAUGGUAUUGAUGAGCUAUUGUUAAUAGUUAUGAAGCAAUUCGAUCAAAUUUAUUAUUCAAAUUGGUUUGAUUUGGAAUAAGAUUGAGAAUUAGGGGUUUUGAGUGAAUUUUUUUUUGAUUCGCGGAUCAAUGGAGAAUUCCAGGGUUUCCGAUCAAAACGACUCUAGAUUUUCUUACUUGAAGAGCCCAACGUUUAAUUAUCAGAAGCUAGAAUCUGAAUCACCGCGAUCGUGGAAUGGAGAAUUUGGAUACGCAGGUAGCGAUAGAAGAUUUGCAUUUUCCCGCCAAAUAUCUUCCAAUCAAUUCGCUGAACCUCACACUCCAAUAGCCAUGUCUAGUGAUUCUGUGAAGCCUUUUCUUUCUCGGACCGUGUCCAGCAUAGAUAUUCCGGCAACCGUUUGUCCACACGAUGGAAGUGAGAGCGUUUGGAGAGAAGAGAAGUCAUUUUCUGGAGAAGGAAAGAGUUUUGGUGAUAAAUUUUGGGUCUUAUUGUUUGUGACAUCGAUUUUCAGAGUUAUAAGAUCAGGAAACCGGCCAAUGAAGAGGUUGUUUGUGUUGAUCUCGCUCAAUGUUGCUUACUCAACUGCUGAAUUAUGUAUAGGUCUUCUCACGGGGCGUGUCGGUCUGGUGUCUGAUGCGUUUCAUUUGACAUUUGGCUGUGGUCUCUUGACAUUUUCGUUGUUUGCAAUGGCUGCUUCCCGGAGAAAGCCUGAUUCCGUCUACACAUAUGGGUACAAAAGGCUAGAAGUUUUAUCUGCUUUCACCAAUGCUAUUUUUCUUUUGUUUAUGUCAUUCUCCUUAGCUGUGGAAGCCCUUCAUGCGUUUAUACAAGAUGAAUCUGAGCACAAGCAUUAUUUGAUCGUUUCGGCAGUGACAAAUUUGUUGGUGAAUCUAAUUGGUGUUUGGUUCUUCAGGAAUUAUGCUCGCAUUAACCUUGUUUACAGAAAAGCAGAAGAUAUGAACUACCAUUCAGUUUGUCUGCAUGUUCUUGCAGAUUCUAUUCGCAGUGCAGGUUUGAUCCUGGCAUCUUGGCUUCUGACUCUCGGGGUCAAGAAUGCUGAAGUAUUGUGUUUGGGAUUGGUUUCGGUUGCAGUUUUUAUGCUUGUGAUGCCACUUUUUAAAACUGCUGGUGGUGUUCUGCUCCAAAUGGCACCACCCAGCAUUCCAUCUUCAGCCUUGAGCAAAUGCCGGAGACAAGUUACGUCUGUUGAAGAUGUUUUGGAAGUUUCUCAAGCUCGUUUUUGGGAAGUAGUGCCUGGUCAUGUUGUUGGAUCAAUCUCGCUACAGGUGAAGAAGGGGAUAGAGGACCGCCAGAUACUACAAUAUGUGCAUAGUUUGUACCAUGAUUUGGGGGUGCAGGACUUGACAGUACAAACUGACUAUGCCUGAGCUCCUCCUUGGGUAUCUGUCUAAAGAGUGAUGCCAAUAUAUACCCAAUUUAUUACAUAUUCUUGUUCAUGUAAUUGUUAUAUUUUUGCGGAAAUCUGUUAGGUCCUUCCAUUUUUGAGACUUAUUGGAAGUCAUCCCACAAUUUGAUCGUGCUAGACAUUACUCAGCGACUGCUAAGAGGAAUUUAUGUAUAACAACUUUAGACACAAUUGAUGACUUAGCCUGGUGCAAAAUUUUUAACUACAAUAUGUUUGCCUUGUUCAACCUUUCUGUGCAAUUAAAUUUGUGGAUUGGGAGCCCUACA